UAAGAAAAAGGUUCGUCGUAGAAAAAGGUUCGUCAUCGUCGUGGUGAUCGGGGCUUGGUCCGCAUCGCUGGUCUCGCCCUCCUCGGCCCUCCGCUUUCCAGGAUGGGGACCCUACGAGACACUCUGAGCACCCGAAGGGUGCCCGCCUACUGCUGCCACAUCGGAGGCUGCGAUCGGGUGUUCGACUCCCUGCCGGGCUACGUGCGUCACUACCAGACGCUGCACCAGAACGCGUGCUCCUUCUGCCGCCGCUCGUUCCCCUCGGACCAGCUGCUGGACAUCCACCUCCUGGAGCGCCACGGCACCGUGCCGUCCUCGCCUACCCGGGCGGCGGCCGCGCGCGAGCGCCGCCCCAUCCCCUUCUACUACCAGUGCCCGGUGUGGGGUUGCACCGACAAGUUCAUGAGCCCCGAGGAGCAGACUGACCAUCUGAUUCGCAUCCACCACUACCCCGCCCAUCUCUGGUUCGAUUCGCCCCCGGACAACCAGAGUUCCGGCCAGCAGGGCUCUGCAUCCUCGGCCUCUGCCUCUGCGGGGUCCGCCUCCGAGGCUUCUGCUAAGGAAUCGGCCUCCGCCUCCGCCUCUGUGGCCUCUGCCUCGGCUUCGGUAGCCUCUGCCUCCCAGGGCGCUGGGGUGGGAGUAGGAGCUGGAGGGGACAGCGGCCAGGAGCCGGAGGAGGCCAUGGAGGAGACCGUGGAGGAGGAGGCUGAGGAGGAGCCGGUGGACGAGACUGAGGACGAACCUGACGAGGAGCCCAUGGGGGAGGAGGACAUGGGGGAGGAAGAGGAGGAUCCCGAGUCCGAGGCUGGCAGUGACCCCGAGCCCCCUGAGGAUGACAUCUCCAGCCUCAGCGGCCCUACACUUGGCUUUGGCCCAGGGGCGGCUGGAGGAUUCGAUAGUGCAGAGGAGAGUAAUGAGGACCACUGAGCACCUGCAGGGCUGGGCUGCCACCUGGGGCCGUGAAGCAGGACCCCUCUCCCCCCCCUCCCAGAAGCAUGUUUUCUGGGCUUCGAGCAGCCCAGAGGUGCCUCCACCUUCAAGGAUUGGCCUGGGGGUGCUGCUUCCUUGGUCUGAUCGCGAGCCCCGGGCGCGUCGGGGCGGCCAAGCACCUCUCGGACCCGGCUGAGUCCAGCCCAGGCCUCUUCCCCUCCCCACCCCUUGCUCACUCCUCCCCAGGAGGACCCCUCGUCUGUCUGUGUGUUUGUCUCGUCCGUCUGUGAAGCACAGGCCCCUGGUGUGCCCGCCAGGACUCCCAGGAGGACCCCCAAGGCUCCUGCCCACAGCAGCUGCGCCUGCUCCGGGCCUUCCUGGGACCUUCUAGGGACUGCUCCCCCACCCCGUGACCCUAAAUAAAGUCUGUGUAAGCAA